UUUGUGAGGUUGAUGAUGGCCAUGAGUUACAGAACAAAGCCAGUGCUUUUGGCAGCCAUUCCUCAACUCUCAGCUGACGCUAAAAAACCGAAGAUGUUGAAACUGGUUCAACCUGUUGCCACAGUACAAACCACCCAAAAGAGCAGCUCAGCCGCUGCAAUUCCCAGCAAACAGCCACCGUCUGCCGUCAGAUUCUGUUCCUGUUGUGGAAGAAGACAUUUCAUUGAAGCAGCCACUACCGCUUUUCUUCAAAUUUCCCCUCCCAAAUCCAAUGCCUCCGCUUUACACUCUGAUGAUUACUUGGCUUUGCUCAACAAGAUUCACCCUCCAAGACCUGAUUGGUAUGAGGAGUUCUAUGCCUCUGUUAUGAACACAAGCAUGAAAUCUUAUGAGGCAAAGAUUGCAGGUUAUAAGUUGCAGCUCUUCGGGAAAAUAAAGGGGAAGGCCAAAAGGGUAAUGGAGAUUGGUAUUGGAACAGGCCCUAAUCUCGAGUACUAUGCUGGUAAUGAUGAGGUCCAAGUUUUUGGAUUGGAUCCUAACAAGAAAAUGGAGAAGUAUGCUCGAGCAUCGGCAACCGCGGUCGGUAUUCCGCUGAAGAAUUUCCAUUUUAUAGAAGCCGUUGCGGAGGCUGUUCCACUAGAUGAUUCCUCCAUCGAUGCAGUUGUAGGAACACUCGUAUUAUGUUCUGUCAAAGAUGUUAACAUGGCACUUAAAGAGGUGAAGAGGGUGCUGAAACCAGGAGGGCUUUUCCUGUUUAUCGAACACGUCGCUGCUAAAGAUGGAACAAGCCUCAAGUUCUGGCAGACUGCGCUUGAUCCUUUGCAACAAACAGUUUCAGAUGGGUGUCACCUUACCAGAGAAACGGGGAAAUACAUAACUUCAGCUGGGUUUUCGAGUCUGGAACUAAACAUGGUCCUGGAUAAUGAUACCUUCUCUUUAAUAAGUCCGCAUGUUUAUGGAGUUGCUUGCAAUUAAAGCCUCGACUUUUACCAGUCAUGUUGUAUUCUCUAGUGACCAAUGCUCGUCUUGGAGGGGGCAUUUUGUAAAUGAGUCUUACUGUUGCCAUUAAACUAAUAAUUGCUUGCAA